AUGGUGAUCCGCCCAGAAACCUCGGAGGAGGGCCCUCUGCUCGCUCUGGGCAGCGGGGCGCUCUACGAGGUGAUGUUCGAGCGGGUGGCGAUCCGCUCAGCACCCAGCACCGCCGCCACGACGCUGGAGAUCAAGCAGAAGGGGGACGCCUUGGAGCUUUUUGCCUGGGACGAGUCACGGCUCUGGCGCCAGUGCCCCGCUGACACGCUCUGCAACACGGCGGGCUGGGUCAUGUUGGACCACCCGGACUUUGGCCCCCUGGUGCGGCCGAAGGGCGCGCCCUUCUGCGGCACCGCGCUGGCGCCGCUCUGCCGCGCGGCGGCGGAGGCGCAGCUCGCGGAGCUCCGGAGGUUCCUGCGCGCAGGGUGCGAUCCAUGCACCUGCGACGCUGGGGGCUCUUCUGCGCUCGCACUCGCGGCGCAAGAGGAUGCCAGGGACUGUGUGGUGUAUCUCAUUGAGGCUGGUGCUGUGGUGUCCGCCGAGCAAGGUGAGCAGGCGCUGAGGGCAGCCGCCGAGCCUGGCACGGCAGCGCUGAUCCAGGCUUUGCUGGGGCACCAAGUCACCGACACAGCUGCUUUAGAGGAUGCGCUCACCGACCUGACCCUGGAUGCGCGCCUUACUGCUGACAGGUGGGUGAAGUUGAAAGUAGAGGGCACAUUUCCGCCCAUGUUGGUGUACAACCCCGAAGGCACUUGUGCCCGAUGCUUGAUGCACUCUCCACUUGCCCAACGAGAAGCGCUCUUCCCGAGCAUAAAGCGCUACAACUUUGCUCUUUGCUUCUGGUGGGUCUUUCUGGCCUCGCGGCGCUAG